CGCAAGCCAACCGUCCCCAGAAACCGUGACCCUAUCCGACGAAUUUCCACCCUUUGCAUUGUUCUUGGAAAGUUGUGUGCCUCCUGUUGCAAAUUCCCUGGGAGUUUGCCACUCUUAGGCCCUGUCUCCCUCCAGUUGGCACAGAUAAAGACUCAGUUGGCACUCAACCAUCUGAAUGCAAUUGCUGGCCGAAGCGACACUCCCCCUGCAAUUGCUUCACCUGCCUUGACCUUGCUCAACUUUCUUAAGGUCACCAUGUCACAUCCAUUAUAUAAUCCCCUUGGGGGGACAUUUCCUAAUGGUCAGAGACCCAUUGGGCCUGGACAGUAUGGGUCACGGCCUGGACUGGAGCUGGGGGCAGCCCGUCUUGGCCCAGGAUCCAUGUCCACUUCUCGUGGGGGAUUGAUGGUUAACCAGCAGAUGACUUUCUCGUUGGGACAGCGUCAGUCGCAGAUUUCCCCAAACCUUGAAGCCGCAGUAGACCAGAACCUUAGGGGAGCCCGUGAGGACGUUCGCCUUCUUACUCAAAUACUACAGCAACCCAAAACAGCAGACCCUCGCUUGAGAAAGGACACAAGGGAUGAAGGACUUUCCUCAGGAGGGAGUGGUUACCCAGGGACUGGUGGUGCCUCGAGGUCCGAUAAGACGGACUGGUCUUUGUACCAGGUCCCCAACAAGCACUUUGCCUCUUCUAGCAUGGAUCGUGCUUCCAGUUCUAAACAGGUGUUCCAGUCUUCGGGUUUUGGUGUUAUUGGAGCAUCCAGUAGUUUGGAGAGCCAACCUCCACCAGAAAAACGACCUUCACGCUACACCUCAGAAAGUGCCAGCAGCAUCCUCACCAGCUUUGGACUCUCAAAUGAGGACCUAGCGCUUCUAAGCCACUAUCCAGAUGAUCAACUGACACCUGACAACCUCCCAUUUAUUUUACGAGACAUCCGUAUGCGCAAAUCAAAGAGGAACAUCUCUGAUAUUGAUGCAAGAUCCAAACUCAUGGACUCUGACCCACGGCACAGCAGUGUCAUUGACUAUGGACAUUCUAGUAAAUUUGGCUAUCCUGAGGAGAGCUUGGAUGGUUAUGCAACUGAACACCAACCUAAAGAGUCACCCAAGUAUGGGAGGGAAGUCUCUGGAACUUCCUUUAGUGGCGUGGACAUCACAAAGCCUCCUCAGCCAUGCCAAUCAGCUUCAGGCCCUCCACAAGUUCCAAAGCUUCAGAAACCUCCACCAGUGGAUUCAAGACCCACUAAGACAAUCUCAGUGAGACCAUCUACUUCCCAGUCUAUUCUGCCACUUUCCAUUCGACCUCCACAGAUGCUCCCUCCACAGAUGCUCCCUCCACAGAUGCUGCCGCCUCAGAUGCUGCCGCCUCAGAUGCUGCCACCUCAGAUGCUGCCUCCACAGAUGCCGCCUCCACAGAUGCCACCACCUUCACAGAUGGUGCCUCAGCUUGGUGUUCAUCCUCUGAUGACCAUCGAUGGUAUCUCCAGAGGUCCAAGCUCUAACUGGAUCCCAUUCCUUUCACCUCCAAUCAGCAUGCCUACUGCAAAGAGACUUCCAUCCCCCACUAUGAUGAAUGAUUACUCAGCAGCUACUCCAAGAAUCUUUCCUCAUACAUGCUCUCUAUGUAACAUUGAAUGUGUCCAGAUUAAGGACUGGAUUGAACAUCAGAACACAAAUCUUCACAUUGAGUGUUGUAGACUUCUUAGGAAACUAUACCCUGACUGGAAUGUUGAGGCUGUCUCUGUUCCAAGACCUGAAUCAAAGUCAGAACACAGCAGCUCGAAGCAUCGCACCAGAUCUCACUCAUACUCCAGAUCCACUAGCCCGAAGCGCCACCAUGAUUCGUCAAGUCGCCGUAAACGGUCACGCUCUCGAUCCCAUUCACGAUCCCGGAGCCCUCGAAGGUACCAGCGCAACAGAAGUCACAGCCGGUCUCGAUCCCCCUAUAGGAAGAAACGAGUCAGCCCUUACAGGCGGAGGUCCCGUAGUCCGCCAUCCCAACGAUCAAGGUCUCCAGGUUACAGUAGUAGCAGUAGGCGCUCUCCUGCACGUCGAUCAAGCCCCCACCAAAGCAGCCCCUCCCAUCAGAGAUCUAGCAGUAGUGAACGACUGGCCAAAAAACUAAUGUCGUCAGCUGAGCUUUCCUCAAUCACAGAUGGUAGUACUUUGAAGGCCGUGGUGAAGUCCUUGGCACCAGCCCUACUUGCUGAACUAGCUAAGAAGAGAAGUAUUUCCACUACUUCCUCAUCAAAGAGAAGCAACAGCAGUCGGAGACUGUCUUCCUCUCCUCCUAAGAGAAAUAAACCCUCCAGUUCAAGCAGACCGUCCACCUCAAGGACUACCAGCUCUUUGAAGGAUGUGAAGCCUAAAAGCAGGGAUGCCCCAGACCCUGCCUGUUUGCUGAGGCUCAUGGGAAUUCCUCAUGGCACUACCAGUAAUGAUCUGACUAAAGCCAUUGAACCCUUUGGCAAGAUUUAUACUGCCAUCCUCUUCGUAGCCAUUAAAGAGGCCUCAGUGUGUAUGGAAAGAGAGGAGGAUGCCAAAGCUUUGCUCAACUGUAAGAACCUGACAAUUAAUGGGCAAAUCAUUAAGAUCUGCAUGGAGACGGAUGCAAGAAGAAAUGAAAGAAAAAAAUCUGAGAAGGCUGUGAAAACUUUUAAAAAAGAGCUUACUACAUCAAAGCCAACCCAGUCAGUGAAAGUAAAAGGUACAAACACAGUCAAGGCACCUCUGUCAGCUAAAGCAAAAGUGUUGACAAGUGCCAAGAGGUCUCCGGUAACCAAGGCACUCCAAAAACCAAGUGACACUAAAAAGACUGUACAGUCUGCUAAAGCUAAAUCCCUUGCUAAGGGAUCAGAGAAACCAGUUACCAAGAAGAUUGUUAAAAAGGCAAUCCCCUGGAGAAAAAAUAUAGUUGUGAUUUCUGAUCUUCCAGAGGAAGUGGUCACUGAGGAUGAACUCACAAACCUUGCUAAACCCUAUGGCUUCAUCUCAACUCCUGUCAUAGCUAUCAUUCAGCAAAGGGCUUACCUGCAAAUGCCUAACACAGUGGCAGCUGAAGCAAUGGUGAAGGCCUACACCGAAACCCCAGCUAAAGUGCAGGAAAAACAGAUAACUGUCAAGAUGAUGUUGCAACCUAUCAACCUGAACUACAUGGAAUCACUUUUCAGAGUACUGAUGGGCAUGGAGAAGUCACCUGAAAUUGUCACAUUAGCAGAACGUCUACUCAUCGUUAAUAAUGUGCCAAAAACACUUGAGGCAAUCAAGGAAGUAGAGAACCUGAUCCAACACCAUGGUUCCUACAAGAAGCAUUUGCCUCUGAAUGGGAGGGUAAUUUUUGAAAUGGAGAGUGCUGCAACUGCUAGGACCACCUACAGUCAACUCCUCAAGAUUCGUUGUAUGGUCCAGAACAAUUUGCUUGCCUUCCAGCUUGCCAAACCACUCAAGGUGAAAAAGAAGCCACAAGCAAAGGGAGCUCAACCUCCUGGUAAAUCAGCAGUUACAGAAGGGAAACCUAAUACCACCAAAGCUCAAAAGCCAGUGGAUGAAGCAGCAGCAACUACUGCAUCUGCAGCUAAUGGUGCUGCUACUUCAGAAGCAACUCCCAUUUUUGCCAAUGCUGGUGCCCAGGACAAAUUGGCCACUGCUCUCUCUAUCACAACAGGCAAAGCUGCCUUGACUGAUGCUGAUGUUGUUAUUACUGAAGGAGAGAAAAUUACUGCUAAAAGCACAAGUGAUAAUGAAGAUAAGUUAGAAGCUGACAGUAUUACAGCUGCAACUGGUAAUGUUGAAAUCUCUGCAGGAAAUAAUGUAGUCCCCAAUGAUGUGACACUUAUGGCUGCUAAUGCAGAAAUAACUACUCCUGAGAUUAAAGGAGAAAUUGAUCCCCACAAUGAUACCCAAACUGAUAAAGAAACUGUGGGGAUGACCCAAGAGACUGAGAUUGAAUUGGCUUCCUCAGUUCCCACCACAAAAUCUGCUGUUUCAAUUAAUAAAGCUGAUCAGACAGGGGCUUCACCCAUAAACAAUCAGAAUAUCCUGAAGGAUGAAGUUGUGUCCAAAGAAUUUGAAGCGAAAGCAACUGACAUAGAGAAGUUUGCAAAAGACUGUGAUGUUAAAUUCAAGUCAGAGAUGGAGAUUGUUGCUUCAACAGCUUGCAGUCGAGAAACUUCAGUAGAGGCCAUGGAGACUACCAAGGGCACUGAUGACAUGGAGGGCAGUUGUGCACCACAGGAGAAUGAGAAUGAUCUUAAAUCACCUGAACAUUUAGACACAGAUAAUAACCUUCAACAAGUGAAUGACCUUAAACCAACUGAACCUUUUGAGACCAAUAAUAACCCUCAACCUAAUGAUCAAACCCAAUCUGAUGAGAAGCUUGUCCUGUCAGCCAUUGCAUCUGACUUUAUUCCAACCUCAGAUCCUGCUUCUGAACUGCCUUCCUCUUCUGAUCAAACUGUCAGUGAUUCAGCUGUCAAUGUUACACCUGCCUCAAACAGUCCCCAAACGGUACCUGAGCCCUUUGAUGACAAGACACUGGACUUUCCUCCAGUUACGCAGGAGAUUUUGAAGGAGCUUGAAUUAGCUGUUCAUCAGUGUCGCAUGCAGUCUUCAUUAAAACAUGCUGAACAUGAAGCCAAACAAAAGGCUGAUGCAGAGAUAAAAGCUGCAGAGAAAAUGACUAACACAUUUCCAUCAUCCUCAAUGGCGGCCACAUCAAAUAAAUCUGCUCAAGCAUUGAAGAAAACAACCCAAUCUGAUAGCAAAAGUGUGCCAUCUGAGAAGGAGAAAAAAACUCAGAAUUCCAGAACUAGAAGCAGGCAGGUGGACACCUUGUCCCCAGAGAAGGAGGCAGCUUCUAGACACAGGAGCAGGGGAAAUUCUGAAGAAGAUUCCCCUUCAACUAGGCGUUCCACAUCAUCCUCCCGGAAGGGCAGGCAUGAGUCUAGCCCUCCAUCAAAGAGAUUGAGGGGACAUGAUGAUGAUCGCAAGAGUCAUAGCAAAAGCUCACAGCCCUCAAGAAAUCGCUCAAAAGCAAGUACAGUUGAAAAGGCAAAAGAGGAAGGGGCAAUAUCAGAGAAACUGUUUCCCUUUAACAUUGAUGAGUUUGUGACGGUCGAUGAAGUAGGGGAUGAUGUGGAGGACACAGUGACCUCAAGCUCUGAGUCUUUAGCCAAGGGUAAGAAAUUCCAGGAUGAACCUAAUCCUCUCUCCACCGUCUCUUCUAAUGCAAAGUCGACUCCAGCUAAUAAACCAAAACAGAAGACACGGUCUAGAUCUACAACUAUCAAGACUAGAUCUUCUGAGACCAAGGACCUUGAAGUUAUUGACACUGCAGAUAAAAUGGAAGCCAAGACUGAAGAAACCAUGCUAGUGGCAGAGGAUGUAGAAUCUCAAAAGCAGAAAGGGAAUGAGCCUCUGGAACAGAGUGUGGAUAACCAACUGGAAACUGUCACAGUGGAACCUUCUAUUGUUGAAAGUGAGAGUACACAGCCUUCUACUGAUCUAGAAACUUCAGGUUCUGCAGAGGUGGACCUCAGUGGUCAGACAGAGACCUUUUCAAUCAUGAAAGAAUGCUUUGGCAUUGAGCCAACCUGGCCUGUUGUUUCCUCCCCUGUCCAGAUGGAAGACUGCCAAACAACUUCUUCUGAAAAGUUAGAGAAAUCAGAAAAUAGUCAUGCCGAGCAGUCUGAAACUUCUGUCCCAGAUUUGGAAGAUGAGGCAACUAUAAUGUCAAAAUUUCCCCUCCAUGAUGCUAUGGUGACUCUUGAUGAGUUUAGUGAGGGUGAGGAGGAUUUUCCCGAAGAAACAGAUGAGAAACAGCAUUUAAAGGAUGGUGAAGUGCCUGAGGCCAUUUUGACUGUUGAUGAAGUUGUAGAUGAGGAAAAUGGGGGUGAAGAAUACCAGUUGGACAAAGAACUUCAAGGUCUGGUCACACUUGAUGAAAUUGUUGAAGAGGAGGAUGAGGAGGAGCUUGAUUCAUUCAACCCUGAGACACUUGUAACCCUGGAUGAGGCCAAGGGUGAUGAUGAGGAGAUUGAGGAAGUGGAGCAGAGUGAGGCCAAGCCUACCAGUUCCAACUUUAAAACACCACCAAGGCCUGUGCAAUCAAGCCAAGAGACAGAUGUCUGUAACCUGGAAGAGCUUUGUAAGAUUAACUUUGUAACUGUGGAUGAAGUAGGGGAAGAAGAAGAGGAACAGCCACCCAGUGAACAGGUCAAGGAGCAGAAGGUAGUAAAAAAGAGAGCUACAAGGGCCAAAAAGAAAGCUCGGCAGACUCCAGUGAGAAGAUCCACAAGAGGAAAAAGAGAGGCAGCAAAGAGUGAAAACAUGCCAGAUGAGCCUGAGAUGAGUGCAGAGGAUGAGCCAGCACCAACUGCUGCCAAACCUGAGAGUCCAUCUUUUGCUUCAGACCCCGUAGAGCUUGAAAAGCCAGAAUCCCAAAAGGCUGAAUCCGUGAGAGUUCCAGAUUCAUCUAGCACAGGGGUUGUCUAUUCAGAGGAGUGGACUGGAGUCAAAGAUGAUGACAACUCCAGAAAGUCAGAAAGAGCUGUUGUUGACAUGCCUGAUGAGGACAAAAAAACAGCAAUCAAAGAAGAGUCUGAACAAAUGCAGGAGUCUGAUCUGAGGGAGGAACCUAAGGCCAUGAACGUUUGUUCUCAUUCCCCUAUGAUUGAAGAAGUCACCUUGCCCCCAUAUAGUCCAGACAACCACGUUGGGGUUGAAUUUUUGGUGCCCAAGACAGGUUUCUUCUGCAGACUUUGCUCUCUGUUUUAUGACAAUGAGGGAACUGCAAAGAGUCACUGCAGUAGUCUACAGCAUUAUCAGAAUCUGGAGAAAUAUUAUAAGAAGCUCAAGUCUCAGCAGCAGGGUGGCACAACAUCCAGUCAAAGUUCUGCAUCUGAGUAGCCCAUUUAAAUGUUUUUGUUUUUGUAUUGAUGUUAAUUGAUGGGUCCAAUUAUUUGGUUUAGUUUUAUUAAUUUUUCUUGUUUAGGAUGGCAAGGCUCUUGCUAAAUAAAUAAAACAGAUCAUAUACUCUGUCUACAAUGUCUCUGUGUGACUUAUUGUGAUUAGGGCUGGGUUUUGAUACAGAUUUCCCGAUUAGAUUCGGUAUCGAUUCAUAUGGGUAUAUUUGAGUUUAGUAUACUUGUGUAGGAAAGUAGUUCUUUCCCAGCAAAUGCUGUUAAUUAUUCAGGGGACCUUCUAACUAGGUAUAAUAUGAAAAUAUUAGGGCUGGGAGGAAAAUUCGACUGUUACAAAUCAAGAUUCUUGAGCCAAAUUAUUUUCAAAUAAUCUCAGAUGAAAAAGCCACAUUUGUAUUUAUUUAAAAAAAAUUACAUAUUUAUCUUAAUGCUACAAUGGUUAAUAGAUAAGUAUUGGAUCCUGUAUUUGUGCUGAGAUCCACAUAACAGGUUUUCUCUCUGAGAAGUUUUCUCUUUUAUUCUUAACGUUUAGUCCUUUUAAUACACUGCUGCUACAGCCAUCAAGCGCCAUUUUUUCACUGUCAGACGUCUAAAUCCUCUGCUGUGAUCAAUGUUCCUGUUAUUAUGCGUAUUUGUCAGAAGUCAUUCUUCAGGUUUUGUCUGACACUGCUUUAAAAAAUAGUCUAGCUGUGAACACAUGUUAAGUCUCUAGUGUGUCGCAGUUGUACAGAGACGGAUCCAUCUAAAAAAAAAAAAAAAAAUAACCAAAAAGGUAAUUGCGAGUGAGGUGGCCAAUUGGGUGGCCAGACUUUGGUCCAUGGUGGCCAUGGCCACCCCCUGGCUAGACACAAAGAUGCGUGCUUAAGGAAAUACACCCGAUUAUAUUUUGAAUAACAGACGAACGACAUGCUGGCGAUGCUCGCGUCUGAUUUGCUUUUUUGUUCAGAAGUUCAUCUAAGCUCAGGAUGCAUAUUCAAAUAACAUGGAACGACUUUGGGACUGCAGGUGAAUGGUCAUGUGUGUCAUAAUCCAGCACAGCCCCAGAAAUGGAUCUUGAACUAGUUUAUUCUUUGGCCUCCAUUUGUAUGUUGCAAAAUGAUCAUUAUGAUAAUAGUAAUAGCUUAUGGUAAUAUAAGUUAUUUUAUAUUCUAUAAUAACAAUUCUAUAAGAACAAUUAUAAAAAGUUUGAUAAAUUAAAGCUAUAUAUUGAAUAGGCCUAUUUCAUUUUGAAUAGAAAUGGACAUUAUUCAGCCUUGUACAUGGAUCCUUUAACGUCAACUAGCUCAGACUACACACUGACUGGUGGUUUUAAGUAGUUAAGCACAAUGUCUACCUAUUACCUGCAAAUUACAAUACAAAGUGAAUACAAUAGUCAUUUCAGACAACUGUUCUAAAGUAGAAUUUUUUUAAGAGUUUUUUUUUUUAACUUUUUUUUUUUUAAUGACAUUUUUAAAUCCUAGUUCUUACAGAAUCGCGAUACAUAUUGAAUCGGCUAGAAAAUAUCGUUGUAAAAUCAAAUCGGGAUGUCUGGCAAUUCCCAACCCUAGGAAAAAAUUAUUUUUUUUACUAAUUAUAUUUUAUACGUUUUUCAUCAUUUUGGUCACAGUUUAGCUUGAUGAUAAUUUUGUAUUAAAACAGUUUAAUUUGAUAAUAUUGUAUAUAUUUUUUGUUACGUGUUUAUUGUUUAAUAACAUAAUUUGUGCCAUUUACAGGUGUUUACACUAAUUUGUUGAACACAUGUUAAAAACAGUUCUGUCUCUUUCCUUGAGCUUGUGAAAAAUACUGUUGCCACUGGAUUUUAUCUUAACUUCCAAAACUUUAAUCCGACAGGUGCGGAACCACUUUUAACGUAUGCAGGUCCAUACAGUUUUUUUUCUUGUUUAUUUAUUUGAUUUAUUUUCCUGUGUUAGGAAAGAGUUUUUACUACCUGUUUAAUUUGCUGUUAUGCCCAUAAA